AUGUCAAUCUCGUCACCAAGAGAACCAAGAACCUCGAUGAGUUCCGGCAGCUCAAGUACAGAGCGAACUCCCCUCAUACGGCAAGACACCGCUCGACCGAAUGCUGGCCCUCUAAGAGCAGCCCGCAACGUCACCUUCAACCCUAACCCUGUCUCCCGAACUAUCGAUCCAGAUCCCGCCUCGCUGAGUUCAUCGCCCGGCGCCGUGGGUGCUCCCGGUCAUGCACGCACAUCCGGCUUCGCUGCCUCGGGGAGCAACCCCCCAGGGAAUCCUCCAAUGCUCUCGGCGCUGAAUAGCCGUCUACGCCGACGCAACAGCCACGGAUCUGUGUUCACCGCUCUGCCUCCGGCAGUCGUGCCGAAGAUUGGGCCGCAGCGAAGCUCGAAGACGGCGCAGAAGCUGAAGCUGCUUCCGAAUCCCGAACUCGAUGAGAUCGAACAAGACGAGGAGAGUGGCCGAGAUGUGUACUCGCAGUACACGCGCAUCAAGGACCCGAUGGCUAGACGGGACGCCGCGCGGUUAGGCAAGGCUGAUCGUGAACGGCUACCGCGGGUGACGGCGUACUGCACGGCGAACAGAUACCAGACAGAAGGCUUGAUGCGAUUUCUCAAGGGCCGGGCGAAGACCAGAGGGUCAAAUCCCAAACUGAUAGACGAGUGUAUCUACUCGCCAUAUAACUACGGAACCGGGAAGUCGACAGAGCGCGCAGAAGCAGGCGAGGAAGUCAGGGAGAGGCCGAUACAAUCAUAUGAAAGAAGGCAUUCGACUGGCCAAGUGGAAGAGCAUUCGAAUGCCUUUAAUCGAGAAGCUUUGCAGAAUAUGCAAACCGGAGAACACGAUUCACAGGAGGCUUUCAGCAGCGGCCGAGACGCCCACAGCAACCUCGCCUACCCACCCCAUCCCGACGACGAAAGCGCUAUACACGACCCGUCAUACCAUCCGCCGCACGACGCCGACUUCGAUAUCCAAGUGCACACGCCUGAGGUGUUCCUAUUUGACUACGGUGUCGUGGUCAUAUGGGGAAUGUCGCCCGCCCACGAACAGAGAUUCCUCAAGGACAUCGCCAAAUUCGAACUCGAAAAGCUCGAUCCGGACGACGUGGAGACAGAAUGCUUCAACUUCUACUACACACGAGAAUACCAGGCGCGCAUAUACAACGACUUCAUCACGUUGCGGGAUAAGGGGAAUUAUAUGACGAAGCUGGCGAUAUCACAUGCUCUUGCGCAGAGCGUCAAGACCUCCCUCUUCGAGGAGUUGAUAGCGUCAACGGUAGACGCGUGCAAGGACAUACCGACGCAGAUCGCGCUGACCGGCAAGAUCGCACUGUCACGGGCGCAGAUCAACAUGCAAAUCGGCGAGCUCUUCAUUCUGCGUAUCAACAUCCACCUCAACGGCAGCGUGCUCGACACGCCCGAGCUGUUCUGGGUCGAGCCGCAUCUCGAGCCCGUCUACCAAGCCGUCCGCAGCUACCUCGAGAUGGACCAGCGCGUCGGCCUGCUGACCAAGCGCCUCGACGUCAUCGCCGACCUCCUGGCUGUCUUGAAGGACCAGCUCAGCCACGGGCACGGCGAAAUGCUGGAGUGGAUUGUCAUUGUACUUAUCGCCGCCGAGAUUCUCGUAGCAGCCGUGAACAUCGUGGUCGAUCUGUAUGCGGGCGUGGACUAA